GUUUUAAUGUGCUUGUUGUUCUGUAGUAAACAUCACGAAAAGUCAAAAUCGCAUAACUUUGAUUGUAUUGACCUACAAGCACGUCUAGACGGUUUCAGUCAAUAAUUACUAGAUAUGUGAUUUAGAUGAGUAAUCUAGAGGCUAGCCGGAUUUUGGCGUCAGCUCUUAAAGAUGUUGAUGAGAUUCUGAAAGUGAAUCAAUAUGAAACAGAUGAUUAUGACGCUGAGAUCAGUAAUGACAAUCGAGAUAUAUUACCGAAAGUCUCAAUUCAGAAUACCAAAGGAAAGUCUCAUAAUGAAACUCUGAACGACAGCAGAAACGUAUUUGAUGAGGCAUAUCUUUACAGGGCUGGGAAAGACUUUUCCGUUCUAAUUAAUAGACUUCAAAUAUGCAUCAAUAAACUUAAUCAGUCAAAACCCGCACCUUCAAUCCACGCAUCAGAAUAUCAAGCUCUAAAUUUUGGAAUAACUGAGAACAGUUCAUUUGAUAUUGCUCAUCGCGUAACCACACAACCUACUAAAUUCAACUUGAAUUUAAGUGAACAAUCUAAACAAAUGCAGUCUCAAUACGUGUUUCCCCCAGAUGAAUUUAGUACAUGCCUCAACGAUAAACGCUUUCAUCAACGAAUCACUAAAUUACGAGGACAAAUACAAGCACAAGCUAAUCGUAUUGCAGAAUUAGAAAAAGAUGGAAAUCCAUUAUCUUAUUUGGUCAAUAAAAACUGUACAACCGAUCAUCGUAAUAAAAAUAUUAGUCAACUACCAACUGAUGUGGAUAAUCUUCAAUUAUUAAAUGAAGUUUCAAAACAACAUUUACGUAUUAAUGCGCUGGAAGAGACUAAUCGAGAUUUAGAAGAGAAAAUUAACAAAUUAGAGAAAGAAUUAUCACAACGUCCAGGUUUAUUUAAUCUGAGGAAUUCAUAUGAAGAUUUGCAAAGUUUAAAAUAUAACAGACAAUGUGCAACAAUACAUCCGACUGUAUCUAAUCGAUCAGCUACAUUAUCAAAUAAUAUGAGUACAUUAAAUGAAUCAUCAAGAGAAUCAAAUAGGUUGAAUUAUCAAACUUUAUUCCGGCGUUCUAUCACUCCAGUUACAUUUAAUAAUAGUUGUUCAUUUAUCACUACAUCUAAUCAGCCUGAGUAUAAUUUGAAUUUUAUUCAUCAAUCACUAACUGGUACUCAGUCGACCCCACCAACAUCACGUUUAAUUUAUGAUAAACCAUACAGAUAUGAUGCUUAUAUACCAUGCGAACAAAUAAAUCAUAAUAAACUCUCAUCGCCUGGUGAAAAUUACGCCUACUUAAGUGCUGAUCAAUUUAAAUCUGCUAGUCUUAAUGAAUUAUGCUAUUCAAGAGUUACGCAACCUGUUACUACAACUACUAAUAUCAGUACUACUACUAGUAGUAAUAACAUCGUCAAUCCAAAUGCUAGUAGACGUUGGUUAGCACAAAAUCGAUAUAGUAUGAAAUCUCCACCAGCUGAUAUUUUCAACGGUGGCAUACAAGAUUCAGAUAGAAUAAAUCUACUUCCACCACAGUAUGGUAGUAGUUAUCAUCAACAUAUUUACAAUAAUUCACGUACACGAUCACCCACACAACUUCAGUGGUAUCAGUACACAAGAAGUAAUUUUAAUGAUGGUAGACAAACAUCAGCAGAUUGUGAAUUAAAUGGAAGUGUUAAUUUAUUCAAUUCAUCACGUGAAUGUGAUUCACCAUCUUCAGGAAGAUGUACAACUGUACAUGAUACCCAUUUGUAUACAUCAAGAAAUAAAUCAAAUUUAUCUAAUGCCUCCUCUUCUUCUCCUUCUGAGCAACAACAUAAUAUCGAGACGAUAAACAAUUCAACAAAUAUUUUAAAAGAUGAAAAAAGUUCAUCACUUCCAAAAUCUACCCUUAAUGGAAAGAAUCAAUCAAAGAGAUUGAAUAUUGAACGAGCAAAUUUUACCACUUGGGAUAAAAAUAUGAUUUCAGCAUGGUUAUAUAAAAUUGGUUUAGGUUAUACAGUAUCACAUACACGAAGAUGGUUAACUUCUGGUCAAGAUUUAAUAAAUGAAUCUAAAAAAUCACUUGCACAAUUAAUGUGUAUACGUAACCCGUUACAUUUGAAGAAAUUGUUAAUCCAUAUACGUUUAUGUAUGAAAGACCAGUAUCCUAAUAAUAGUAAUAAUAUUAAUAUUAAUUACAAUUAUGGGUGUUUAUAUAGAAAUAUAGAACCACCUGAAAAUUUCGACAUACCGGGUUGGUUACAUGAUGUGGGUUUAUCAUCUUAUAUUCCACAAUUCGAUAAUUGCAUCAUUGACCCUUAUGUGCUAGAUCAACUUACUAUGGAUGAUUUAUCUGUGUUGAAAAUGUCUAGUGAAUUACAUAUGUUAAGUUUACGAUGGGGAUUACAAAUGUUAAGACAUAUUAAUUUUGAUAGAAAUCGUUUAUGCCGAAGUCAGAUGGAACAAUGUGAAGCAAAUUUACCUUGUAAAAGAAACAUGUUACAUUCUCCCAUCCAAUCGUUAAAUCAUAUUCAAGAUAAUAUAAAACCUAAUAAUGGACAUAAUGGAAAUCAUGUGCAUACGUCUUGCUUGAAUACUAUUUCUACUUUACAACCAGAUUCCAUGAAUUCUGAUAUUAAUUUUAUUUGUUCAACAUAUUUACCAAUACAAAUUUGCUAUUGGACUCAACAACGAGUAAUGAAUUGGUUACAAAGUAUCGAAUUACCUGAAUAUGCCAGUGAAUUAUGCGGAAAUGGUGUACAUGGUGCUUUAAUGAUUCUAGAAGAUCGUUUUACACCAGAUCUUUUAGCUGAUAUUUUGCGAAUUCCUCCAGUGAAAUCACUUGUUAGACGACAUUUAACAAAUAAAUUUAUUGAACUUGUUGGGUUAGAUAUAUGGAAGCGUAAACAACAUAACGAAACCACUAAUAAUAAUAAUCCACUGACAAUACAUUCUAAAAUCAAACUUACGAAAAAGAAAAAUAUUUUCAAUUCUAACCGUGGACACAAGUCCAACCAUCACAAUCAUGUUAGUGGUGUUGGUGAUGAUGAUGCAAGUACUGAGCUUGUUUGUCCUAUUGAAAUCGAUGCCAGUCAUACGAGUAUCUUUGCCGAAGAAAUAGUCAAACCUAAUCGUCAAAGCAUACAUCUACAAGCAGAAAAUGUUCAAACAAUACUUAUCGAUCCGGUUACUGCAAAAGUGCAGCACCUAGAACUUCAAGAAACUGACCUGUGAAUCAAAAAAACAGUUAAUUAUUCUAGUUCAAAAUUUAAAUAAAGAAAAUAGAAUUAUAUGAGGUUAGCAGUUAGUUUCUGUUGCCUAGUUUACUGAGAUUAUAUAAAGAAGAAAUAAUAUGUGCAUAGACUUUUGUGAAUUUUAAGAUGGUAGAGAAGAUUUGUAGCUCAGAUGAAGUUGUGUUGAUGAUGUCAUUCAGAAAAACGAUGAAAGCUCCACGACUAAAUCAUCCAUCAAAAACUUUUGUGAAUAUUUUUAAAUGAAUUCAGGAAUGUUCUUUAAUCAAUUUCAAAAAAAAUUUUCUACAUGGAAUUUGUUUAUUUGAAUUUGUUGGUUUAGAAAACUUUAUUAGUUCAAUGGUAUUAAUAAAAAUAAUAUGAUAGAAUUAGAUUGAGAUCUGCUUUCAGUUGUAAUGAUGAACUAAUCUAAGUGAGUAGGUUUCUGUAGAAGAUUUUAAGUCAAACUCUGAUGACGAGUAUCAGCUAAGAUGAAACCUAUAUCAAAACACGAUUUGUUAUUGAUUAACUUUAAGCACUCUAUAUACAUCAAAAUGCAUAGAAUGCUUGAGUCACUUAUAUCACUGGUCAGAUUUCAACCUGAUCACUAGACAAGUAUGAAAAUGACUUUGAUUCGAUAACCAUUGCAAGUCGGUGAACGGUGGACAUCUAUUACAUCUUACUUUGAGACUCCACAGUUUACAUUUACGACUUUAUCAAAAUCUUUGGGCUUUGACAACUGACUAGGCGCUGUCGGCGAAGUCUGAAAGUCCUCAGUUCUAUCCCUCGCGGUCUUAUGGAUGUACAUUGAUUAGGAGUCUAAUACUAAGGUAAAACACAUAAUCAAAGCUUUCCAGUUUUUAACGGUCGCCCAACUAAAGUCAAUUCAUAAGUUGUACGUGUAUUUAAAUACUUAAUUCGAUGUAUUUUGAAAGCAAUGAAUUACUAAAAAAACUAAUGAACAUUUGACACAUGUUCCCGUUUUCAUCUGUAACUUCUAGAGAUUAUGCAACCUCAACCGCAUAUUCGCACACAGGAUAAUGCUUAAGAUUUUCAGAUAUCACAGUGGUGAGAACAAUACCACUGUUUCACUAAGGUGCUAUGUAGUCCGUUAUAUAUAUAAUCACCAUCGUUUCCUCCAACUGUAACAAAUCAAAGGUUCAUUCCUAAUUUGUUUGUCUAAUAUACAUCAUAUCUGGACUAGUCAAGGCUCUUAAGAAAUGAUUAACCAACAAACUACUGAGUUACAGUCCAAGGGUUUAGCAUUUACUUAACUUCAAAAUACUCCUAUCAAAAUCUAACAGUCAUAUGUUCCAUCCCCAACGAGAUGAUAAGUGUACACUGUUAUAAAGAGACAAUUAUAUACUAAGAGGGGGGAAGGAAAAAGCUGUGUUCAUUCUUACUUACUUCAACUCAUGUUUUGUUUCAUAUUUUCAAAAUAUUUAGGUUAGAAAUUAGUUUUAUUAAUUUGUCAAUUUUUUUAUUGCUUUUUCUAGACAAAUAAAUAAACUAUUCUGGAUAUAAAAUAUGAUAAUUUACUAUCCAAUAUAUUACCAUAUUGUUAUUAUACUACUGAAUAAUGUUUUCUGAUUAAAUCCAUGUAUAAAC